GCCUGCAUAUCGACUUUGACAAAUUACAAAAAAUCGGAUCGUUGAGCAGAGCGGACGGAGCGUUGCUGUGCGUGCGUGCGUUUAAAGCUAAUCUUUUGUUCGUCUCAAACACUUUGCAGUACGCGUUUCAGCUGAAAAUUACUACAUUUGAUUGGUCGUGUUUGUUGUCUAAAUCGUUCGUUCGAGCCAACUGCCGUAAAACAGUUUUCGUCUAGUAAUCGAACUCGCGCGUCUUUUCCGUGUGUUGCCCGUUUGUCUUCCCGUGGUGUUACCGGUUUGAUUUCGCUUGCGAUAGUGUGAGGAAAACAGAAAGCUCUCAUUGUCCAUUGAAAUCCACCAAAGCCAACUGAAAAUAAUGUCGCUGCAAGUGUCCAAUCAAAACCCGUCCGGACGUCGUACGCCACAGGUGUACCAAGGAUUUGGUGGUGUGGUAACAGCACCUAACGUAACCACAACGCCAACGGCCACUAACGGUGGUGGUCCAGGCAAUGCUCCCGGUAGUGGAUCCGUUGGCCGACCGGCAAAAGGAAACAAUAAACAGUCACAGAUCCCUGUCGCAAUCGGUAGCAUGGUCGGUACACCAUCGAACAUCGAAACGGCUGCACCACAGACAGCCGUGGUACAUCCCGGUACUGCCGGUACUACCGAUGCCUCACCCGGGAAAAAACAGAUGCAAUCAGAUCAUUUAUAUGGCAUGAAACAACAAGGUACAUCGAUGACGAUGGUCCCUGCACCGGCACCUGCCGGGGCAAACCGCUCAACCACAAAUGGAUCCCAACCGGGCGGGAACGAAAAGGCACGCAAGAGCUCCACCAGUGGAGAAGGCAUGGGUGCGAAAAAGGUAGAACCAGCAACGACACAGCUUCCAGUGAUUGGUGAGACUGGUACUGCAAAGGGACGGGCACCAACAAACGCUCGUAAUCAGCAAAAGCAAUCCUCGGAUGAAGGUGCCACAGCGAAAGGAUCGGAGCAGCAGCCAAAAUCGGAGAAGAAGGUCACUGCUGAGUUUGAAAACUCGCUCCUCGCGGAAAAAUCACUCAAAGGAUUCGGCUCGGACGGUGAGGAGAUGGAUUCGCUUUUGCUGGAGCCGUGGGAUUUGGAAGACACACAAUCGCUAGCCCGCUCGAUUGGGGGAAAAUCCAAGAUGCAGAAGGCGGCUCCACAGGCACAGGCACGCGUCAGUCCAUUCAAGGCGGGUGGAAAACCGCAAACCAAACAGGAUACUGCUGCUGCUGCUGCUGCUGCUGACAAGGAAGCAGCCAACAGUCAGAACAAGAACGCACACGCAACCGAAUCGGAAGGUGAAAAGAAUCGUUCACCUAAAGCGACUCCGAAAGCUGCCGAAGCCGAUGCUCCAUCUACACCGACUAAUGUUGGCGAUAGCGAUUCGUUGAUCGGACGCCCGCUACGUUCCAUAUCCGGCCGUCGCUCGACUCGCCCGAUUGCGGACAUCAAGUUUACGCAUCAUCGUCGUUCGGCCGCUAACGAUUCGAUUUCCAGCAUGAACGUUACGAUCGGUUCGGAAGUUGGAAAUGACAGUCUGCUGUUGCGUACGCCAGGAUCAGCAUCGCGCAAACGCAAAGAUAUGACGCCUGAAUCGACUUCCGAUGAUGCUGCGGUGGUUGAGAGCCCGAAACGAGCUCGGCUCGAUUUUACCGGCUUGCUCGGCAUGGUUGCCACACCGGUAACGAUGCUGAAGAAUCGACUGUCACGUGUCAAGCUGCACAGUACACCACGCUCGCUGGCCGUUGACGAAGAGGACGCCUCGAAGGUGGUUACGGCGGAAGCGACCACCACAACUACCACCAACAUGUCGACCGAGGAGAAGGAAGGUGAUGUUGCUGGCAAAGCAAUGGAGGUAGAUGUGGCCGAAAAGGAAAAACCUGACGAAGCCGGUCAGGCGGCAGUCUCCGAAAAGGAUGCCGAGGGAUCGUCCGCCACCACCGUCGUUGAUGAUGAGGUUGAGGUGAAGAUCGUCACCGAUCAACAGCAGCAAAAGCAGUGGUGUAGUAUUAUGUAAGGCUAAAAUGGCAUAUGUAUCCAUGUAAUCGCAACCAGAUUGGGCUCUGUCUACCGUUCCAACACGAUUUAAAUCUCCUUCAUCCCUACCUGCCCCAUCCUGUCUCCUUAUAAUCCCCCACCAUACGCCCCGGUGUGAUGCAUUUGUAUUUGUAUCUGUAUCCUUUGUCCUGUUUUUUUUAACGAAAAGGAAAACACACUCUUCCCCCAGGAAUCGUCAACGUUCGAUUUUUCGGGAAGUGUAAAUCGGUACAUAAUUAUACUUCGCGUCGUAGGUGCGGUUCACAAAUUUAUCACAAAUAUUCUUUUAUUUACAUGUAGAUGUAGCAUGUAUACGUUUUUUUCUGUUUCUAAGACCAUUUCACACUUGGAAUAGACUGUCGACAGCAGGGAGAAAAAGGAUAUGCGUUUAAGUUUUUUUUGUUUUCACCCAUUUGCAAACGGAAAAUGUUUUGCUAAACAAACGUUACGAUCAUCACUAUCUCUGUACAUCAUCCUCGGCACAUGGUUCUGUCGAUGAAUGUGUUGUUGGAUGGUUUUUUGGUUUAAUCCCGUCUCAUAACCGAUGUCUAGUGCGCGUGGAUUUAGUGAAAGAUUAGGAAUAAAAGCAAUUUUUAUGUACGGCAGGAGAUUGGAUGAUUUCGUUUUAUUAAAAAUCGGAAAUAUAAUAUUUGUUUUUUCGUUUUUGUGUUUUCACCAAUCAUCUCUCUACUCUCUACCCCAGCAAAUAUGUAGCAACUAAUGGACGCGCGUGUGCCGUCCGUCUUCCCCCUUAAGCAGAAACAAAUUAGUAUGUAGUGCAAGUGUGUUCUCUCUAAUCGCAAAAAAGGAAUGCAUGUUUAGGUGGCAUAAUGAGUUUUACUGUGUACACCGGAUAGGAUUAUUUUUAGUGGAUGUAACGUGAACAUGAAUUUUGCACCGAUAAGAUGGAAACCACUGUAAACGUGUGAAGGUUGUGUAAGGUGACAACAUUUACUCCUCUCUACUGUAAAUGUCUGGUGAAAGAACUCAAAUUUGACCACACAAACAACAAGUACGAUAAACACAUAUCACACAACCCAAAAAAAUACAAAACAAAAGGUGCAACAAAUCAAAUUCACAAAGCAAACAAAAAAAACUAUUUUUAAUUCUGUAAAACACCAACUCAUUUACGGACAAAAGUGAAAUAAAUCAAUCUCAACUGUUUUAUGGAAACGUUUUUAAUUUGGAAAACGAA